GUGUGAUCAAACAUAAAAAAAAAAAAUGUUAGUUGAAGUUUCACUUCUCAUUUGUGUUCUUUCGAUCAUAUUCAUCUUCAUAAAACCCACAUUCAGCUCAAAAUCAUCACUCAAGUCAUAUCCUUUUAUCGGAAACUAUCUCUCAAUCUACACCAAUCGCCACCGUCUUACUCAAUGGACAUCAGAAUGCGUCAACAACUCACCCUCCUUGACCUUCCUACUCAAACGUCCAUUUGGGCAGACCCGUGUCAUAACCGGUAACCCUGAUAUCGUUCAACACAUUCUCAAGACAAAGUUUUCAUCAUACGGAAAAGGUGAUAUUUUUCAUUCAACUCUUUAUGAUUUACUAGGAGACGGAAUAUUUAACGUUGAUGGGGAUGAAUGGAAAUUUCAAAGACAACUUUCUAGUCAUGAAUUUAAUACAAAGUCUUUACGACAUUUUGUGGAAAAUGUUGUAGAUAAUGAACUUAACGAACGUUUAAUUCCUAUAUUACGUAUCGCGGCUACUAAUGAUACUAUUCUUGAUCUCCAAGAUUUAUUACAAAGAUUUGCGUUUGAUAAUAUUUGUAGAAUAGCUUUCGGUUACGAUCCUAAAUAUUUAACACCUUCUUUACCCCAAUCUAAAUUCGCGGUUGCAUUUGAAGAUGCGGUUCGUAUUAGUAGCACAAGGUUUCGUAUGAUUACGCCUUUGUUAUGGAAAGUAAAAAGGUUUUUAAAUAUCGGGUCAGAGAAAAGACUAAAGGAAGCUGUUUAUGAAAUUCGUGAAUUUGCUACAAAAAUUAUGAACGAAAAGAAACAGGAGCUUGCUCACAAUUCACCAUCUAUGCAAUCGGUUGAUUUGUUGUCAAGGUUUAUAAGUUUGGGUCACUUGGAUGAAAAAUUUGUGACGGAUAUUGUGAUUAGUUUUAUACUCGCGGGGAAGGAUUCAACCUCGGCCGCGUUGACAUGGUUUUUUUGGUUGCUUUACAAGAAUCCGGAUGUUGAAAAUGAAGUUGUGAAAGAAGUUAAAGGGAAAUCGGAUUCCCCGAUUUAUGAUGAAGUGAAAGACAUGGUUUAUACUCAUGCUGCUCUUUGUGAAAGUAUGAGGUUAUACCCACCGGUUCCGGUUGACUCGAAGAUGGCUAAUGAGGACGAUGUCUUGCCGGAUGGGACGGUCGUAAAGAAAGGUAUGAUGGUGAAUUACCAUCCGUAUGCAAUGGGAAGGGCAGAAAAGCUUUGGGGUGCAGAUUGGAGGGAGUUUCGACCAGAGCGGUGGAUGGAGAAGGAUGAAACAACAAAGAAAUUGAGGUUUGUGGCAAAAGAUCCAUAUAUAUAUCCGGUGUUUCAGGCUGGUCCGAGGAUUUGUUUAGGCAAAGAUAUGGCGUUUUUACAAAUGAAAAGGGUGGUGUCAGGUGUUUUACAACAUUUUAAAAUUGUUCCGGUGUUGAAUGACGAUGGUGAUUCACCUGUUUUUAUGUCAGCACUUACGUCGAAAAUGAAAGAUGGGUUUCCCGUUAAAAUCAAGGAAAGGCAAUAAUCAUGUUAACAAUCAAGAAGUUGUCAUAAUUGACUUUGUACUUAAUAAAGACAUUAAUCUACUUACACUUUAAUAAUUAUUCACGAAACUAUGAAAGUGUGGUUUUUCAUACUUCAAUACGACCAAGUUUUCUUUA